AAAUAUUCUUAGUGAGCUUAACGACUACCUAUUAGGCCCGCUCUCUAAGUCGUAGGGCAGCAAAUAGGGCAGCAAACAGAAAUAUCAUCGCCAUGGGACUGCUUGUUCGACUGGGCCUACGCCGUCCCAUUAUCUGGGAGAGUCCGACGAUACUAGAUUGGCUACUGGAGGCGCCUCUUCAGGGGCUCAUAUUCUAUAUAUACCACAUAAUCUUAUGGCUACGCAGUAACGGAACUAGACCACCACGGGGAAAGCAUCCCAUUAAGAUUGUAUGCUUAUCGGAUACCCAUGAGUCUAUCGUUCAAAACGUUCCUAAUGGCGACCUAUUAAUCCACUGUGGCGACCUGGUGAAUGACGGUAAAGCCGCCUCUAUUCAAAAACAGAUCGACUGGCUGGCCUCUUUACCGCACCCACACAAGAUUGUUAUCUGUGGUAACCACGAUAGUUGGUUCGAUAUUAGCUCUAGGACGGAGGAAGACAAGCUCCACGGCAAUUCUGUUGAUAUGAAAACGAUACAUUAUCUUGAGCAUAGAUCUGUCACCCUUGACUUUCAGGAUGGACGGAAAUUGAAUAUCUAUGGUGCCCCUGACAUCCCUCAGUGCGGUGGGCCUGAUAAUGCAUUCCAAUACACAUCGUACCAGAAUCCGUGGGAAGAUGUCGUACCCAUAGAUACAGAUAUUCUUGUAACGCAUACUCCACCAAAACACCAUCUGGAUCUAUCUCUUGGUUGUCCUCACCUGCUUCGAGAGAUAUGGAGGAAGAAGCCCAAAGUGCACAUGUUUGGCCAUGUCCACUGUGGUCGGGGGUUGCAGCACGUGUUCUGGGAUGAGUGUCAAAAGCAGUACGAGAGAGCCAUGUCUCGUCCGAAGCCAGGAUUAUUUUACAACAUACUUGACUACCGGGCCUGGCUGGAUGUAUACAGGGUGCUGUAUUACGGCGUCACCAGCAUUUUAUGGCACUGGCUAUUCCUCGGCGGAAUCGCAAACCGGAGCAUCCUGAUCAAUGCUGGCAUGCAGAAUGGGACUUCGGGGAAAUUGACUAAAAAGGCCCCUAUAACGAUCACAAUUUGAGAUCAUAGUAAAGCUGCGCGAAGACCUAUCGGCAAGGAAUAGCACAGAAGUGGUAAUUAAACCCCUAUCCUAAGUUGGCAAGCGGGUUUAUACCACAAAGGCUUGAUGCCGCCAUAACCGAGUCUAGGGUAGAUCACUAGGUUAGUUAUUGGCUUAAUAACGGAAUACUGUGCCUGUUUAGAUAUAGGUUGAAAAGUCGAAAGCGACAUUUUUGAAUACCGAAAUAGAGGACGAAGAGGAUAUCAUAUUUGAUGGUUUAAUAAAAGGUGUUCUUUGG